CCCUACCAAGCACCACGCAGCACCUAUAUGAUGGUUGCAGCCCUCAUGGGCACAGUGGUGGUGGCUGCCACCUUCGUAAAUGGCCUGGUCAUUGUGGUGUCUGUGCGAUACAAGAAACUACGUUCGCCACUUAACUACAUCCUGGUCAACUUGGCAGUGGCGGACCUGCUGGUCACCUUCUUUGGCAGCACCAUCAGUUUUUCCAACAAUGCCAAUGGCUACUUUUUACUGGGGAAGUCUGUCUGUGAGUUUGAGGGCUUCAUGGUCUCCUUGACAGGUAUUGUAGGUCUCUGGUCACUGGCCAUUUUAGCCUUUGAACGCUACAUUGUCAUUUGCAAGCCAAUGGGAGAUUUUCGCUUCCAGCAGAAGCAUGCUGUAAUUGGAUGCACCUUCACCUGGGUAUGGUCCCUAAUAUGGACAGCACCACCUCUCUUUGGUUGGAGCAGCUAUGUCCCUGAAGGCCUGCGUACUUCUUGUGGUCCUAACUGGUACACUGGAGGGACAAACAACAACUCCUAUGUCAUGAUGCUCUUCAUUACUUGCUUUGUGAUGCCACUCAGCAUGAUCAUUUUUUCCUAUGGGAACCUUCUGGUUACACUGAGACUUGUAGCUGCCCAGCAAAAGGAAUCUGAGACCACCCAGCGGGCUGAACGGGAGGUCACCCGCAUGGUCAUUGCAAUGGUAUUGGCGUUCUUGAUUUGCUGGUUACCAUAUGCCACCUUUGCCAUGGUUGUAGCAAUUGACAAGGAUAUAGUCAUCAAUCCAACUCUAGCCUCCAUGCCCUCCUACUUCUCGAAGACAGCCACAGUCUACAACCCCAUUAUCUACGUGUUCAUGAAUAAACAGUUCCGUAAUUGCAUGCUGACUAUGAUGUGUUGUGGCCGCAAUCCUUUUGCUACAGAAGAGGAGACUUCAUCUUCUGCUUCCAGUACAGCAGGACGCACUGAGGUUGUCUCUGUUUCUUCAGGGGCUGGGACCAAAGUCAGCCCAGCCUAACUCAC